ACUCACCGCAGUUGCCUAGUAUCGUACAUACAUCAUACUAGACUGUGUUAUACUGUUUUCCACAGGAGGAAGAGACACCGUCAUCUGCAAAAAAGUGGCAGAAACCAUUCUAAAACCUAAAGCCCAUUUGGCAUUUCACGCAUUUUAGAUAGUAGCACGUAUGUCAGCAUCGCCGCCUUAUUUGCGCUGCAGUGACAUAAGAGGGCUUAUUGUAAAAUAAGGCCGCAUUUUUGCGAAUGGACAUUUUUAUUUGUAUCGAAUCCGUUAACGACUCGGUAAAUGUGUGAACUGUGCCUUUUAUCAAGACACCAGUCAGACAUAUUCUGUCCAUUUUGUUGCUAAGGAGCAGAGGCUUUUCUUGGUUUGAGAGGUUGUAGACAGCGCGGAAAAGGUAGUCACGGAUGUCGCGACAGUCCAGUUUGUCCCGUUGCCACCGGGACCCGUGUUGGUGAGCGCUCAAGACUGAAAGCCGUGGAUCUGGGGGAGUGUCAGUGAAACGAACGAGAGGAAAGCCUGCCCUGGAUUUCAAUCAUUUGCGAGAUAAGGCCCGAACGCAGAGAGAAGGGACAGGGCCUCCUCCUUCGCCUCCUCCGCUUCGACGCUACCCCCUCAUUCCCUGUUUCCUCCGUGAUUUGCUAGGAUUCGCACGCGGGUGAAGUUGGAUACAUUUCGGUGAGGACUUACUUGAGAGCGAGGCCCCCUGGACCCCCUCCCCCACUCCCUUGCAACCCCCUCAAUCAAUCUACUUUCCCAAAUUUCGUGUGAGGAUUGGGAUUCCACAACCACCCAAGGUCCGUGUGGUUUAGUCCCGUCGAAGCCGGGCUCUCCAAACCAGGGGGAUGACUUUAGAAUCUAUGAUGGCUUGCUGCCUGAGUGAAGAGGCGAAGGAGUCGAAACGAAUCAACGCAGAGAUCGAUAAGCAGCUUCGCCGAGACAAGCGAGACGCCAGGAGGGAAUUGAAAUUACUUCUUCUGGGCACAGGCGAGAGCGGCAAGAGCACCUUCAUCAAGCAGAUGCGCAUCAUCCAUGGCGCAGGCUACACUGAUGAGGACAAGCGCGGCUUCACCAAGCUGGUAUACCAGAACAUCUUCACCUCCAUGCAGGCCAUGAUCCGCGCCACCGAGAAUCUCAAGAUCGGGUACAAGUACGACCAGAACAAGUCCAACGCCAUGCUGGUGAAGGAGGUGGACAUAGAGAAGGUGUCGUCGUUUGAGCCACCCUACGUCAGCGCCGUGAAGAUGCUGUGGGCCGAUCCCGGCAUCCAGGAGGCUUAUGACCGCCGCCGAGAGUACCAGCUCUCCGACUCCACCAAAUACUACCUGACGGAUCUGGACCGUGUGACCGCGUCCAGUUACGUGCCCACUCAGCAAGAUGUGCUGCGCGUGCGCGUGCCCACAACGGGCAUCAUAGAGUAUCCCUUCGACCUGGAGAAUGUCAUCUUCAGGAUGGUGGAUGUCGGAGGACAGCGUUCCGAGAGGCGGAAGUGGAUCCACUGCUUUGAGAACGUCACGUCCAUCAUGUUCCUUGUGGCGUUAAGCGAGUACGAUCAGGUCCUUGUGGAGUCCGAUAACGAGAACCGUAUGGAGGAGAGCAAGGCCUUGUUCCGGACCAUCAUCACAUAUCCUUGGUUCCAGAACUCCUCCGUCAUUCUCUUCCUCAACAAGAAGGACCUUCUGGAGGAGAAAAUCUCCUACUCCCACCUGGUGGACUACUUCCCUGAGUUUGACGGCCCGCAGCGGGAUGCACAGGCGGCCCGGGAGUUCAUCCUGAAGAUGUUUGUGGACCUGAACCCCGACAGCGACAAGAUCAUCUACUCGCACUUCACCUGUGCGACCGACACCGAGAACAUCCGCUUUGUCUUCGCCGCCGUUAAAGACACCAUCCUGCAGCUCAACCUUAAAGAGUACAACCUGGUGUGAGCCACCUGUGGGGCCUCAUACAGCACCCCCUAACACACACACUCACACUCAUACACAUGCGCGUACAUACACAAACGUACACGCUAACAAUAACACACACACUCACUCAUAUAUAUAGGCAUAUAAACACACUACACACACAUGCACACACACAAAACAGAAACACAAAUACACAUAUACCUGAAUAUAUUUGUGCACUUGAGUGUGUGUGCACACAUGCAUCCCAUGCACAUUCUUGUGUAUGUGCAUAAACACACACAAACACACGCCCGCAUGCGCAUAGACAGAAACGUACAGACAAAUAGUGUAAAAGUUGAUAUGUGAAUCCCACUCGCACACAUAAACUGACACGUACCACUGUCUACUCCCUUUGAAUCUUCCUGCCCUACCACAAGCCCCGUCCUUCAUUUGUACACUUCAUUAUUUUUGCCAAAGCCACUCCUUCUGGUUGGCAGCUGUAGGGCCCUGAGAGUGUGUGUGUGUGUGUGUGUGCGUGUGCGUGUGUGUGGGCAGGCGAACGAGCGUGCAUGUGCACUCUAAACAUCCUUGUAAGCUCGGACACUGGAAGAGGUCCAACCCUUUCCCCACCACACGCCUAUCACCACCCUGACGACACUACUACUCUGACGACACUACUACUCUGACGACACUACUACUCUGACGACACUACUACCCUGACGACACUACUACUCUGACGACACUACUACCCUGAUGACACUACUGCCCUGACUCCUGUCGCUGCACUUCCCUUUCAUGUGAAACACACACACACGCACGCGCAUAGCGCCCCCUCACCUAGCUGUAGGCACAUCAUGAGGAACCACAGCCAGGACUUUGAUUGAAAGUUUGGCGCAGGCACUAACACACACACACACACACACACACACACACACACACACACACACACGCACAUAUAAGCACACACACACAUAUAUAUACACACACAUUCAGCAUACACAAGUCUUCAGCUCACGUGGUGAAUGUAUCUACAGGUGUGAGCAUUGCGAAGCAAAAACAAAAGAGACAAAAAAAAAAAAAACAAGAUUACAGCACCAUAUAAAGUAGAACACCUGGAUGGCAAGAUUACAGCACCAUAUAAAGUAGAACACCUGGAUGGCAACAAACUCCAGACUGAAAUCAAAUGACAUCUUUAUAAAGCUGAGCAGAAGGGGGUGAAAGGGGACGAGUUUUCCAAAAACAUAAACACCUGAAAUCUCUGUAAAUUCCUGAGAAACAAGAAAAACAACUAUAAUUACAUUUUUAAUAAUAGUGACUAUUGCUACUUGUACUUGCUAUGAAAUAUAACGGCAGAAUUUGAAGCAGUCUAAAGAAGCAAAAUGAAGAUCAGACUUAUUUAAAUAUUUGAAUACGUGUGCAAAUUAAGCUUGAUCAGAGAGUGAGACUGUGUGCUUGUGAGUGAGUGAUUUACGUACGAAAACAUGUAUGUGUGGGUGUGUGUGGUGUAAAUGGAUGCCAUGAGUAUCCCUUUGCGUAAUGUUGCGUAUGUUUUAUGGUAGGCUGCAUCGCUUCUCUGCCUUGCACCGCCCCUCACAAACACCCAUCCCACCUUCUCGACCCCUGACCCCUACCUACACCCUCUGGCCAGGUUGUUUGGCUCACGUGAUUGGUUGGGCCGUAACUUGCCCUUGAUAGUAACUGGCACAGGGUGCUAUAGUCGUGCAAAUGGACGUUCACACACACACCCUCCUCCCUUCAUAACAGUCCCACAAUCCCCUGCUUCCAUUUCUCCCUCCCUACCUGCAGAAUUGUGUGAUGGGGUGGCUUGCGAAGGCCCAGGUGCACAAUGUUUUUAAACCAGUUUACUUUUGUUUGUUUUUCACAAGGAAGCAUCAUCUAUCUAUCUAUCUAUCAGCUGACUCAAGUUUGACAUGCCGAAGCAAAGGAUGCUGGGAUGCGGGAUUGGGAGGGGUUUUAGGGGGUGGGGUCGCUUUUGUGGGGGUUGGGGUUGAGCAUUAAUGUGCUGAAGUCUGAUGAAGUGAAUUGAUUGUGUAUAUUUAUAUUUGUAAAUACGUAUACACAUAAAUGCUUAUGUACAAAAAGUCUGUGGUACACUAUCUUUGGCAAAAGAAAAAAAAAUUAUAAUCCACUUUUUUCGUAACUGUGUACGGUUUUGUUGGGGGUUUUUAAUUUCUUAUGAAUUACAAUAUUAUCAUUGAUACUGUGAUUCUGUCUGUUUCCGUUUUGCUACCACCAUUAACGUGUCACGCAAGCUGUCGGGGCAGGACUCAUGUGCACAGAAAGGUCACCAAAGGUCAGAGGUGAAAAGUGACAUUGUCAACUCUGUGCACAUGACCACAACGCCCAGUCCAGAUCUCUCCUGUUUUAGCUUUUCUCCUUAUACCUACCAUAUAAUGAAAGAAUUGAAAUAUUUUCCUUUUUUGAAAGAUAAUUAAAUAAAUACAUUUUAUUUAUCUAAUUUAUGGACCAGAUUUGAAGGUGUUGAUAAUUUGACUGCUAUUUGUUUUGUUUUUUUCCUCGCUCAUAUUUGAAGUGCAACCCGCUAACAGGUCAAGGUGGAGACAUGAGUCUAUACUGCUGUACAAACGUCUGUUAUGGAACUUUUUUUUUCCUUUAGUGUAUUUGGGGAUUUUUAAAAGAAAAAAAAACUUUUUUGCCUCCAGACUUACUUGUUGCCAUUUUAUUACAAUGUCCUACCAUAAGAUAUAUACUCUUCCCUGUUAUAUAUAUUUUUUUUAAUCAGUUUGAAUUUUCUCAUGGGUUUUUGAUGCAACGCUUAAUCCAACCAUAGGAAACGUACCGUAUGAAAAAAAAGUAGACAGCUUUUUAAACAGUGAUUAGUGACCUAUUAGGUCCAUAUGCUUGCAACAUGUUUUAUUUCAUCUUCUCUGCUUCUUCUUCCUCUUCUUCUCCUUUCUCUUCUUCCUCCUCUUCUGUUGUUGUUGAUGUUUUUUUGUUUUGUUUUGUUUCUGGUAUUUCUAAAUAACACUGCUUGUUUUCUUCAUUGUGCAAGUAAGUAAUGUGCAGAUAGAACUUUCUAGCAAUUUUGGCGUUUUAAGCUUUUAUACUGAUGACCUCGCAUUCUCAUUAUUCAUCAAGGGCUAUCACUAAAAAAAUAUAUUGAAAGGAAGGAAGAUGAGAUGAAUUUUGCUAAAUUAGACUAGAUGAAUGAGGACGGUUGAAAAAAGGAGACGAGACGAGCGGCACAGAUGCCACUUGGUAAGAUCUGCGUGAGUGAGUCCUCGAGAGCUCACAGUGGUGAACAGAACAGGACAGAACAACAGGCUCACUAUUAUUAAAACCACCUAGUGAUGAAUUACACCAUUACUCAAGUAUGUAUGUGUGAGAGAUGACAUUAUUUUCUUUUUUUUUCCUUUUUCUUUUUGCGGGACAGUAUGGUAGAUUGUGCUCUGGUUUCUGAAUGUCUGCAGCCUGGCAGAACCGGAGAGAGGGUUGGGCUCUGAUUUCUGUUGUAUCGGCUCUGUGCUCCCGAUCACACCACUCAGCCCAAUGUGCAUACACCCCCCCCACCCCCCCACCCCCCGCAGAGACUAAAGCACUGGCCUGGUAGAAUUUAUAAAACAUGACAUGGGCAAGAUGGUACAACUCAGCUAUACACAGAAACACGCAAACAUGGCUUCAGAGAAAAUGUCCUUUUACCAAGUCCAUACUGUGUUCUGUCCUAAAAUACUCUUGGUGGACACAAGAUUGAAUGUCCUCAUUUUUACUCUACUAAGGUUAAUUAUCAAUGUGUACGUGUGGAUCUCUUUCUUUCUUUCUUUCUUUCUUUCUUUCCUUCCUUCUUUUCUGUAUUAGAUAUAACAUUCCACACUCACCGCCUUGUAACGACUAAUCUCAUCUGACAGUAUUUCUUCUAAGAGCGUACAAAAAAAAAAAAAAAAAUUACACAUCAAUGAGCGAACCCCUUGACUAUGCUGAGGAGGAACCACAUUUAAAAGUACACACUCCUCUGAGUGGUCACCCUCCCACAGAAUAAGAAGGCAGCUAAUGAUAAUGCACCCCAUCCUACAUGGCCCAGGGCACUUUGUGAGGACUCCUCAGGGUUCCUUAACAGUGGACAAGAGCUAAUGUUUUUUCAACAGUGUUAGACAAGUGGAGUUUGGGUGGUAAUGCCAAGUCCAUAGUUAGUAGGACUGCUCUGCAUUUCUGCUGUUUUCCCCGUACCACUAGGGGGCAGUUAUUCACGCUUGGGUUGGAGAGUGGAGGAGAGAACCAGAAGGCAGCCCAUUUGGUUUGCUCUUCAGCUGAAGGUAGUUUAGUGGAGCACCAUAGGCCUCAUAGUUUGUGGAAAUUCGAUAGGUUGGGCGUUGGGUGUGUUGGUUCGAUUUCUUUUGUGUUGUUUUUGUUCAGUUGGUCUGUGUCAGCCACGGGACAGUAUUUAAUAAGACUGUUGAGAGACAUGGGACGACCCUGUUUAAGUCUGUGUGAGGGGUUUAUGAGCAUUCACUCUUGUUGCUCCAACUUGUAAAAUACCCGGCUCUCAGUUUCAUCCUCAAGUCUAAUCAGGACAGCAGUCCUUACUUUUGCCAUGACAAUUACGUCUCGCUAACAAUCAGAGCAAGGGUGCUGUACUUGCUUUUGCAGACAAUUUGAUGGUAUCUGCCUUUUUAUGGGGGUGUGGUACCUUGAGACAAGUCAGUAUCGUGUUGGUUAAAAUUCAAAAGAUUAUGUUUUUUCUUAAUGCUUGCCAGUAACCCAACUAACAUUACUCUUAAUUCAGCAUACCUCUUCUAUGCAGUCACAGAGGAGGGUGCAAUUUUGGCAAGCUAACAUCUUGUUCCUGAGGGUUGUCAGUCACAGUAUAGUUUCAGAAACGGGUGUAUGUGAUGCUCCGUGUCUCAUGCGGAUGGAGGAGCCAUUUCGGAACAUGAUGGUACUGAACCUUAAAGGCCAGUUUCACAGUGAAACCAGUGGUAUUAGUAAUCAGUUGAGAGCUCCCUUGUCACCCGGUCUAGAUAGUCUUUGUUUUAUGUUGCCGUUUUGUAUUUCAAGAGUUGCACAUAGACAUAUCGGCUGCUCUUCUGCUGGUGGCUUUCAUAUUACAUAUGUGUUUUUUUGUUUUGUUUUUACCAGGGCAGUUGGGCAUGGCAGUUUCAGGCACCAGUAAAAGGGAGCGUGAAAGCUGGAGGGGGGAUUUAUUUGAGUCGUUCCACUGUUAAACACUUGGAAUAGACCUGGCGAUGACGCCCCUAUCGCCCUUUUGUCUCGCCUUUUGUACUCUGCAGUGGUCAGGAUGAAAUAGGCCAAGCCAGUGCUUCACUAUAUCCCCCUCAAACCUAGAACCUGCCCAGGUGAUUUUCUUGCGCUCUGUUGGGUGAACAGAAAGAAAGAAAGAAAGCCCAGUUCAUUAAGGCUCUCGGGCUGAAAUGUAGAUUCACAAAAUGGAGUCCAUAGCUCAUUGCAACAGGUUUACCAAUGAGCAGCUUUUUUAUUAGGUGAGCAAAAAUGCUGUGGGUUUGUCUGCUUUGAUUAACAGGAAUGCACAGCAAGGCAUUUCUGGCUGAAGGCCUACUUUUCUGCUGUUUUUAUUUUUAUUAUUAUUAUUAUUUCUUGUAUUUAACAUGACAUUACAUGAACACUAAGGCAUUUAGGACCACUCCAAUCUCUUUUUUUCCCUUCCUCUUUUGAGUGCAUUUCUCUCUUCCUUUCCUGCUUUUCAAAUCAAACAGGACAAUUUUUAGUGGUGUAUAAAAUACUUUUGUUCACCAUUUUAUUUUGUAAGUAUUCCAAAUGUAAAUGAUGUAAGAUACUGAGUGUGCCAACCCCCAUGUUGUGGAGAGAGCUUCUCCAUACAAGUGCCAAUGUUGUCCAAAUGGCGAGCGGACCUUCGCAACGUGCGCUCCCCCUUUUUAAAAGCGAAACACGAAACAAGUGAUAAACAAAAAAGUAUAUAAAUAUAUAUAUAUAUAUAUAUAACUUCAUUCUGUGUCGAAGGUUUAAGAAAGAAACUGCUGUUUUCUUUUCUCUUGCUCUUUUUUUGUAAACAAAUAACGAGUGAUUUUCAGAUGCAUGUGCUCUCUGUGGUAGUGGGCGGGGCUAAAGGAUUGCCCUUCCUGAAUGGGGACAUAUUAUUGGUUGUUGAUGUACAACAUUCUCGCCAUAUAUGUUUGUUUUUUUUUGUUUUGUUUGGUUUUUUCCCCUUUCAUUUCUUUCUUUUUGUAUUUUGUUUUAAUUUCAACCACUGUUGCCUGAACCUCAUUCAAACAUGAAAAUGAUUUUCAUAGCCGCCUUCUAAAAAAACAAAAAUAAAAAAAGAAUAAAAGUAUCUGUUUUAAAUUUAAAUAAAUUUGUUCCUAUACUUUG